GUACGAUCCGUCACGCCCUUUUAACGUCUUGACAAAGUUUAACUCUGCCUGACUGCGAUAAUAAUCGCCAUUGAACAGGUUGAAACAUAGGUCCAUCACUAUACAUAGCGGUCCUUACCUAAAUCCUCAUCUGAUACAUAAUCUAACUGUUUGUCUUGAUUUGCCGCCACUUCCAUCCAUCAUCAUGUCUGGCAAAUGGUAUCUCCCCACACCAAUUGUGGUUGUCAGAAACAUAAUUUUGUUGAUAUUCUUCUUAUUUGGAUGUGUUUCCAUCGUAUGGACACAGCGAGUGUUCCUCUUUAUUUUGAAAGACCGUCCCAAGUACAGACAUAGUAUGAUCAAUCUCACCAAGAGGCAUUUCCUUCAACUCUUUACGUUUGUGAUAUCAAUAUUGAAUUCUACCACGAUAUCUAUCACCUACGAUCCUUCCAAGUUACCACUUGAGAAUUCUUUCAGCCAAUUGCCCGGUAAUUUGAUUUCCACCUCGUUGUCACCCAACUCGGUGAUGAUCUCCAACCACCAAAUAUACACAGAUUGGUUCUAUUUGUGGUUUUUAAAUUAUACGUCCAGGCUCUCUGAAUUUGUGUACAUCAUUAUGAAGGACAUGUCAAAAACGCCCAUCUUGGGUUACGGAAUGACCAACUUCAACUUCAUGUUUUUAUCCAGAAAAUGGGACGAAGAUAAAAUCAAGCUCACCAGUCAGCUACUCGAAGUGGAUGCUAAUGCUCGAGGCUCGGGGCCUGCUUCAGGUGUUAGACAUGUGACAUCGUUUCGAGCUACAACUAGUGUUAGCGAUGUUCAGUCGUGGCCUAAGGAGAAGGUAAGUGAUGACAUAUCUCCUUAUCAAAUACUAUUGUUCCCAGAAGGCACAGUUCCUUCACUAAGAACAACCAAGAAAUCAAGAGAGUUUUGUGAUGCUAACAACUUGCCCCCUUUAAAACAUGUGUUGCUUCCCCGAAUCAGAGGGUUAUUCUUGGUAUUGCGCAAGUUAAGAGGAACCGUGGAAGUGGUGUACGAUAUAACCACUGCUUAUGGGGGAUUGAAGGCGGGUGAAUUUGGUGAAGAUAUCUUCACGUUAAAGGGAUUGUUCUUGUUGAGUAGGGGACCUGAAAAAAUCAAUUACCAUUUCCGAAGCUUUAGAAUUGAAGAUAUACCUUUGGGUGAUGAUGAUGUUGCCGAUGUCGACCUAGUGGACGAGGAGACUUUAAAGAAGUUUGAGAACUGGCUCUUCCAAAUCUGGUAUGAAAAAGAUGCCCUUAUGGAUAGUUUUUACAAGCAUGGGUCUUUUGUGUCUCCAAAUAGUUCGUCUAACAAUACGGUAGAGAAGGUCUCCCAACAUACUGUCGAAGGAGGAGUGAAAUUGAGAAGUGUCUUGGAAAUUAUCCCCGUAUUUGGCACUGCUGGAGCCACCGUUUUGCUCUUGGUGGGGUUAUAUCGUUUAUUAAGAUUUUUUUUCUAGAUUUUUUAUUAGUAUGAAUAUAUGAGCCUAUGCAUUU